AGAUUCUUGAAAAUAAAUUUCAUCUUGACUUUUUGUGCAAGAACAUUUCCAAUAACCUUUUUAAGGAAUAGCAACUUUGCUUAACUUUCUUCUUAAGUCUAUAGUUAAGGAAAAAAUGGCAUUUAAGAAGAAAUGUCUUCUUAAUAAGGUUUUGUGAGUCUGGCCCCAGGAAGAUAAAGUUGUCAAGGUCACACCCCCACAUAUGUGAUAUGAUUGAAAAGCCCAGAAUGUCUUCUCAAAAGGACAACAGGACUUAAUACAGGGGCUUGUAUGGCCUCAGAGAUAUGCACAAGGAACUGAUGUCCACUAGAGAGGACAAAAAUGAAUUGCUUUGUCUCAGGAGGAUUAAAACAUGUGGCCCUGUUCCCUCUCCCUGAGGAGUUGCGUAGUCGUGAGUUCUGGCGUGCCAUGCUGGCCGAGCUGCUGGGUUCCCUGGUGUUUGUGAGUGCUGUUCUGGGGGCCUCUGUGCCGGGCCCUGGAGAGGCCUCCACGGGGCCCCUCUACCCAGCCCUGGCUGCAGGCAUGGUGGCUGUUGCCCUGGGACACUGUUUUGGAGAGAUCAGCGGAGCCCAGGUGAACCCAGCAGUUACCCUGUCUCUGUUGGCCACGCGGAGGCUGGACCUGGUGAGGGCGCUGGUUUACGUGGGAGCCCAGUGUCUGGGGGCUUCCCUGGGGGCCGGGGCUCUCUAUUUCGCCCUGCCCCUCAAAACCAACGCAGACUGCUUCGUCAGCAGGGUUCCUCUCGAGGUGAACGCGGCCCAGGCUCUAGGGAUGGAGCUUCUGGCAACGUUCCAGCUGGUCUUCACUGUGUUCUCUGUGGAGGACCACCGUCGGAGGGAGAACACAGAACCAGGGAACCUGGCCAUCGGCUUCUCUCUCAGCGCAGGCGUGCUCAUCGGGGGUCGGUUCUCUGGAGGCAGUAUGAACCCGGCACGUUCCCUGGGUCCAGCCAUCAUCACUGGCUUCUGGGAAAACCACUGGGUGUACUGGAUUGGACCGGUGCUGGGUGCAGUGCUGGCCGGGGUGUCCCAUGAGUUCUUCUUUGCCCCCAGUGCAUCGAGGCAGAAGCUGGUUGCAUGUCUGACCUGUAAGGACAUAGAGAUGGUGGAGGCAACCAGCGUAUCCCGGUCCUCCCUGUCCACCGUCACCCAGACCGCCAUGAGGGCUAAGCAGGUCAACAAACAGGAGCAAAACUAGAAAGGGACACAUCAUGCUACACAACAAUAUAUAGUGGGGUCUGAAAUUAUUGACACCCUUGAUAAAGAUGAGCAAUAAUAACAGUAUAAAAUAAAUUAUUCAAAUAAUGAG